AAACAGCUCCUUCCUCUUGCACCAGCAGCCUCGUCUUGCCAUAUGAAAACACUUCCCCAAGUAGCCUUGGCCCCAAGGAACGCCCCGUUUCAGGCUCAGACACCCACCGGAUUGCAGAACGACAGCCAGUCUUGGGAGCCACAGGAGGCACAUGCGCCCCUCGCGAUGACCACCCCGACCCAGCCAGCCUACUCGCCUCCUUGCUCCUGGCUGCUGAUGCUGUCCCUUGUCGUCUUGGGAGCCUCUGGGCAGAGCGAUGGGAGUGAGCGGCAGGUGUUGCAGCCCGAGGGCCCCCUGCUGGUGGCGGAAGGAAACACGCUGCUGCUGCGGUGUACCGUGGAAGGUUCCUGCACUGACGACAGGAUUAAAUGGGUCAAGGUGAGCGAUCGGGACCAGCAGGAGAUUUAUAACUUCAAACACGGCUUCUUCCCGGGGGUGACGCCGGUGACCCAGCGGACCCUGGAGCCCCUUCAUUGUGACUUUUCCAUCUAUAUCCACAAUGUCACCAGCAAGCAUGCUGGAAUCUACCACUGUGUGGGGCUUGAUGACUUGAGUGAGAACCCAGAAAAGAAGCUGCAGGAGGGCACCUCAGUGUUUGUGAAGGGAGCCGGAGCCCCAGAGCCAAACCUCUGGAUCCUGCAGCCCCAGGAGGUGGUGUUGGCAACCACCGGAGACACUGUGUUCCUGAACUGCACAGUGCUUGGACAUGGUCCCCCGGGACCCAUCAGGUGGUUUCGGGGGGCUGGUCUGAGCCGUGAGGCCAUUUACAACUUUGAAGGCCUCUCCCACCCCAACGUGACAGCCGUCCGGGCCUCCAACAGCGAUUUCAGCAUCCUCCUGCAAGGCGUGUCCCCUGAGUACACAGGCACCUACUACUGUGUAAAGUUUUACAGGAAACCCAACAGACAAUACCUGUCCGGACAGGGCACCAGGCUGCGAGUAAAAGCAAAGCCCAUCACCUCUCCCCAAGAGAAAGAACUCACCAAUGAACAUAUAGGCAGGACAUAUCCCUCAGGCCUCCUGUCUGUGCUCACACUUGUGGUCCUGGGGCUGAAGGCCAUGACCUUGGCUGCACUCCUGCUGGCCUGGGCUGCUUGCCGGAGAAGGCAAGAAGACACCAAGACCCCAGACUCAGCAGAACUGUAAUCUGUACGGGGCAUGCAGCACGGGGCGUGGGGCGUGGGUGGGGGGGUCGACCUCAUAGUAGGUCCUCUGAGUCGAAGAGAGGUCAAAGCUCCCCAACCACUUCACCGCCUCCAACCCCAGCCUCCAGAUGCUCCCCAGGCUUCGUGCCGAACUCCAGGAUCCCUACACCUGGCUUCCAUUCACCUGGCGAAGUACCCCACUUGGCACUGACUGGGCUCCCUUCUGAUGUGCUGUCCUCUCUCCUGACAGCCAGCUCAAGCCCUCCUUGUCCUUCAAGGCUUUGCCGGGCUCUCUUCUCAAGGCCCUUGUUCCUGCGGUAGUGCCCGCCCCCUUCCACCCCCUCUCCUCGUUUUCUCAUCCUUCAAGAUCCAACUCAGAGUCCUUUCCGGAAGAUUUUCCUAAGCAUCUCUAAGCUCACAGAGCCAGACUGCUCAGGCCUCUCCAUUUACACCCUUCUCUCCUCAUUUCCUAACUUUUUUCCCUUCCUUCCUUCCUUCCUUCCUUCCUUCCUUCCUUCCUUCCCUUCCCUUCCCUUCCCUUCCCUUCCUUUCCCUUCCCUUCCUUCCUUCCCUUCUUUUCUUUUCUUUUCUUUUCUUUUCUUUUCUUUUCUUUUCUUUUCUUUUCUUUUCUUUUCCUUUCUUUCCUUGCCUUCUUUCCUUCCCUACUAUGGCUGCUUGGGUGGCUGCAAUAGUUAAAUGCAGGCUCAGAAACUGUAACAAAACUCUUAAAUAACAGUGGCUUAAGCCAGAAGAGAAUCGGUUUCACUAGUAAUAACUGAGCACAAGCAGGCCAGGCAAUAGGGGGACUCCCUUGUAGUGAGACCCGGGAUUCCUGGAUCUCUUUGCUACCAGGUCCAUAUCUCAGGCAGCAAGACUAGGGAAGAAGGCAGCAAAGGGGCGUAUAACCCUCCCCUUCAAAGGCACAGCUAGAAAUUUGCCCACAUCACCUCCAAUUGGCUGGAAUGUGGUCACAUGGUCACACCUAGCCACAAGGAAGGCUGGGAAAUGUAGUCUUCAUUCUGGCAGCAAGGUGCCCAGCAGCAAUUUCUCACUAAAGGAACCAGAGGCUAAAUGUCAAUAGAUAACCAGGGGCAUAGAGGC